AUGAAGCUGGAAGCUGCGCGUCAGCUCAUCAGCAGCAAACUCCAGUCCAUUCGCAUGGAAGAUGGCACUCUUGUUUACCACACUCUCCAGUUUCUUGUCGAGACCGAAAGAGGUCCUCUUUGGAAGCAAUACCUUCUCAAUCCUUCCAUCUCCUUCGACGAUGUCGUCUACGUCUUCGUCUGCUUCAUCGUGGUGAUGAUCCUGCGGCUGGUCAUCAGUGGCGGCAGCAGCGGGGCGCUGCGGCAGCUGCCCUGCAUUUCGAAGCGGAUUGCAAAGUCCUUCGAUUUGGUCCGCCCGGGGAAGCUGCACAAGUUCGGGGAGAAUGUCUGCGAGUUGCUGCAUGCAGCUUGUGCCCUGCUGCUGCUGCUGCAGCGGUGGCGCAGGAAACAGCAGCAGCCGAUGCUCCCAGGGUUUGGAGGCCCCAAGAUUGCCGAGGCAGAGGAGUAUCUGGAACAGUGGGGCCCUUCCGUACAGCUGAAGCCCACAGCCAGAAGGGCUGUUUUGGUGCAGCAGCAGCAGCAGCUGCAGCAGUAG